AUGACAGCGUUUCAGAAGAGCGGUCGUGGUUCGAAUGACCCCAGUCUUGCCGUGGACGGUGAUACCAGAACGUGCUCUAGUACAAAGUCCAACUCUUCUGAUAACACGUCAACCCUGUAUAACUGGCAGAUCCUGACAGGAUCAAGUCCUACCCUCCUUACCAUGCAGCGCUGCACUGUCCUAAAGGUUCACGGGGAUCGCCUCACGUCCGUGUGUGAUGGGGCGGCGGACACACCGAAUCUGUCGCGCUACGUAGCUGUGUUGAAUACCCACGCAGCGGUAGUUCUUUGUGAAUUCAGAAUUCUGUCCUGCGCCAAGUUCCGUUUCGGGGAGGACUGCGAGAUGGCUUGUCAUUGCCGUGACUUCGAGGAGGAAUGUGACAUCUUGGACGGGAGCUGUCGGUCCGGGUGUCGGGAUGGCUGGUAUGGUGAGGAAUGCCAGCUCGAGUGCCAGACUGGCUACUAUGGACCUCUCUGUAUGUCCGUUUGUGGAUAUUGUCGCCAUGGUGAAGCAUGUGAUCCUCGCGACGGCAAGUGUAUUGGAGGAUGUGACCCGGGAUGGUCUGGUGACAAAUGUGACCAAGCGUGUGUCCCAGGUUACUAUGGAGAUGGCUGUGUGGCAUGCGGAUUCUGCGCAGGGCAGUUACCAUGCGAUGUGAUAACUGGAGAAUGUCAGGCUGGUUGUGUUACGGGUUUCGAUGGCAACAGGUGUGACAUGGCAAAGGAGUUCAUAGAAUCGUCCAACAAUUAUCUAGAUUACGUGCUGCCCAUCAACUUAGUUCUGGUCGGGGGUGUGUUAACGUUCGUCCUCUUCUGCUUUGUCGUCAAGUCCAGGCGAGAGGAACUCUACCCCUACCCUCACACAAGACUACCAGAAUGA